AUGCAAUCCAGUCCGUUGAGGUACCACCACUCCCAGUCAGAAUCGAGCAUAGAUGAAAGGGAGGAGGGAGAGGAGGGAGAGGAGGGUACUGAGGGGACGGAGGGGACCGAUGGGGAGGAGUCAGAAGGCAUAGGAGGGAGUGAGGAUGGGUUGAGUGGAGGGGAUGGGUGGCAGCGGCGGCAGCAGCAGCAGCAGCGACGGAGAAUGAGAGCCGAGCAACUGUAUGUAGAGAUUCCCCCCGAAGGGGGAGGGGGAGCGGAUGAUCUCCCCCUCCCCACGCCUAGCGACGGCGGAAGCAGCAGCACGCGCAGCGUAGGCGGGGGAAGCGGGUUCCGCGGGCUUGGGGGCGUCGCACAUGGGGGGGGAGAAGGGCGAGGAGUUUUGAUAAUCUGUGCGAGUGAGCGCACAGACGUGAAGGUGGGCAACCGCCACGCGCCCUACCGCCACCACCGCGGCGACUUUGCCUUUGCCUUUGCGCUGCUGUACACGUCGCUGGCGGCGGUGCUGCCGCGCGUGUCCGCUCUGCUUGACAUCGCCCAGGGGCCCUCUUGGGAGCAGCCGGGCAAGCUCAGUGCGAUCGUGCAGGAGCACGAGCAGGAGGCCGCCACCACAGGGGUCGUCGUGGGAGCAGCCGGGCAAGCUGAGUGCUUCUGUGCAAGAGCACGAGUAGGAGUAAGGGAGGGAGGGAGUGACUCUGUGCGGGCGGUGGCGGUGCUGGUCUCCACCCUUACCCACCUUCUGUUCGCUCCCCAUGCACAUUCUCUCCUGCUCCCCUCCCCUCCACCCCACCAGGUGCGCUUCAACCCGGGGUGGCUGGAGGAGGGGAACGACAGGGUGGUGGCAGAGCUGGUGCCCUCUUUUCUCCCCACCCGCCUUAUCUCUUUGCCCACCCACCCAUCUCCUUCCCUCUCCCCACCAAUCUUGUCACCACCAGGUGAGGUUCAACCCGGGAUGGCUGGAGGAGAGGGACGACAGGGUGGUGGCGGAGCUGGUCUCCUUGUGCGCUUCAACCCGGGGUGGCUCGAGGAGGGGGAUGACAGGGUGGUGGCGGAGCUGGUGGGGUCGCAGAUGCUGCCCCUCGUGCUGCAGCCGGGCCGCAUCAUCCUCACACCCUACAGCGUCUACUUCCAGCCCUUCAACGUCGUCUCCUCUGUUCCUGUGGUGCGGCACCCACUAAGAACGGUCACGGCUGUCAUGAGGCGGUCGACGCAUCUCCAAGAGAUUGGAGUGGAGAUCUUCUACUCACAAUGGUCCAGCAUCUACUUCACGUUCAAGUCAACCCAGGACUGCUCCCGCUUCUACUCACUGCUGCUGCAGCAGCCCGGGCUGUCAAUAGAGAGCAUGCGCAGUCAGGACAAGUGGGUGAGGGACUGGGUGAGUGGCGGCAUUUCCAACUUCGACUACCUCAUGUACCUCAACCGCGAGGCCAACCGCUCCUUCAACGACCUCUCGCAAUACCCCGUCUUCCCCUGGGUUAUUGCCGACUAUACCUCCAAGGAGCUGGACCUUACCUCCCCAGCCACCUUCCGAGACUUGCGCAAGCCCGUGGGCGCCCUCAACCCCGAGCGCCUGGAGAAGUUCCGCCAGCGCUACGAUGACCUGGCAGAGCUCUAUGAGGAGUGGGCGGGAAACUUCCCGGAAGGCGAGGUGCCGCCGCACGUGCCGGGCACGCCGUCCCCCGCGUUCCUGUACGGGUGCCACUACUCAACGCCCGGCUACGUGGUGUAUGUGCGCGUGCGCGACGCCCCCCAGCUCAUGCUAAGGCUGCAGAACGGGCGAUUUGACAUGCCCCGACCGCCUCCUCUCCUCCAUCCCCGAGGUAAGGAGGGGUGGUGGCAGGGAGGGGGGAGUGGGUUCCCAGAGGUUUGGGGAAUGAGGGCACGUGCUGGGGACGCCCCCCAGCUCAUGCUGCGCCUGCAGAACGGGCGAUUCGACAUGCCCGACCGCCUCCUCUCUUCCGUUCCCGAGAUGUGGGAGGGGGCGUACAACAACCCAUCAGACCUCAAGGAGCUCAUUCCAGAGUUCUAUUCGCUCUCCACGUCCUUCCUGCUCAACUCACAAGGGCUAGACCUGGGAGUGAAGCAGGACGGGGUUCCGGUGGGAGAUGUGGUGCUGCCGCCCUGGGCCAGCGAUGCGCACGACUUUGCCGCCAAGAUGCGCCAAGCGCUAGAGUGCCCCUACGUGUCAAAGAGGCUGCACCAUUGGAUCAACCUGGUGUUUGGCUGCAAGCAGAGGGGCGAGGCGGCAAUAGAGGCGGACAAUGUCUUCCACCCCCUCACCUACGAUGACAUAGGCGCUCAGGUGCUGGCGUCAGUGGAGGACGACACAGUGCAGCAGGCGCUCACAGUGCAGAUGAGGGAGUUUGGCCGCACGCCCAAGCAGCUCUUCACCACUCCGCACCCGCGCCAGCUGCGCAAGGAAGUGCGCGUCAUCCAUAGAUACGUGCGCACGGCGUCACGAGCCAUGAGGCUGCCAUCACUCUUCCGGCAGUCGACAGUGGACUCACACAUUGUGGUGCAGUCACUCUCCACGCUCAACCGCGUCUCCACCCACCGCUCCCACCUCGACACCAAGCUCAAGUCCCGCCGCGGCUACAAGACCAUUCUGAUGGGAGCGUUGAACCCUCUAGUGGAGCUGGCGCUGCCAGACCGCUCCGUGUAUCGCGCUAUUGCCCAGGUGGCAAGUGGCGAGAAGGACAGAGAAGGGCAGGAGUUUGGGCUCGAGUGGCUUGAGAACACAGCCAUGUACAGAGAAGCAGACAUGCUUCAAAUCUCGAGUGCCAAGUAUCUGCUCCCUCUCAUGCCUCUCGCCCUCUCCAAGCGCACCGACCAGCGGGCGGCAGCCAUGCGGGCGGUUGCCGCCCUCUGCAAGCCAGACGCCAACCGCCAGUUUGUCUAUUCUGCGGGAUUUUUGGAGCCCAUCGAGGCAGCAAUCGUGGGCGGAUAUGACCGGGGCACCAAGGCAGCGGUGGACGCCAUUGCAAAGCUCUCAGUGCUGCCGGAGGUGGUGGAGGAGUUCAGCACAGCUGGCGUGCUCUCAUUGGUUGACCUCCUUGUCAUGAGCGACAACUCGCUGCAGGCAGUGGAGACCCAGGCACUGGCAUGUGAGGCCUUGUGGCGGCUGUGUGGGUUGAAGCGCCACCGCCUGCCUGCUCUAGGCCGGGACGUGCUGCCGCGCCUGCUGCCGCUGGUGCGGGCAGGGGAGCAUUUCACAGUGGAGCUGAGGGAGAUGGCUCUCAGAGCACUGGCUGCUGUGUGUGUGGAGACCAGCAGCCAGGAGGAGAUGCUUCAAAGAGGAGGUCUAAAGGAGGUGCUGGAAAUCUGCGCCAUGGAGGCAGGAAACAUCCUGGAAGCUGCCAUCGCCGCGCUCGCUGCCCUCUGCCGCAACCCGGAGCUGCGGCUGCAGGUCGCAGUGGAGGGCGGGCUUCGUCUCUUGUGCAACGCGUCGUGCGCCGCCGAGGCGCAGAUUCAGGAGGUGGCAGCGUCGGCGCUGCAGAGCCUGCUGGGCGACGGGGUGAUUCUGAACGGAGUGAUAAGAGAGGAGGGGCUGUGGUCGAUUAUCGCCAUGGCUCAGUCGCAGCACCACGAGGUGCAGAGGCUGGCAGCACGGGCCUUCUGGUAUCUGGCCAUUCACUGCGAGAACAAGCGACAGGUGGGUGUGUGGUGGGGCAGGGUUCGACGGGGCUGA